UACGACCCAAACCCCUACAUCUACACCUCCUACCGUUCCCUCACCAACUCCUGGCCACGCUCGCUACACAGCUGGACAUACCUCCACAACGAAACAACAAACAUCUUCUCGCACCUGAUUCCCGCCGUCAUACUCUUGUUCAGUCAUGGAUGGUUAUACGAGUAUCUCCAUGCCAGACACGCACAUCUCACGCAUUUCGAUUGGACCGUUAUCUCGACGCAGUUACUCUCCGGAGUUAUUUGCCUGCUUGUCUCGGCGGUGUAUCACACGGGACUUAAUCAUUCAGAGGGUGUGGCGGGUAACUGGUUGAGGUGUGAUUAUGCGGGGAUUAUGGAGUGUAUGGUGGGGUGUUUUGGGAGUGGGUUGCAUUUUGGGUUUUAUUGUUGCCCUGGGGUUAAGUGGUUUUAUUGGGGGGUGAUUGGCGUGUUAUCCUCGAUGAACGCUGUGUUUCUGUUGAAUCCGAGGUUCAGUGGCCCGAAAUGGCGUCGCGUGAGGUUGGGUAGUUUCAUUGGCACAGGGUUAUCUGCUUUUGUGCCGAUAGCUCAUGCAUGGGUUCUCUGGGGACCAGUGUAUCUCUGGAACGUGGGAGUACCUUAUUACCUUCUCGAGGGAUUGUUGUUGCUCAUAGGCUGUUGGUUUUGGGAGAGAAGAUACCCCGAAUCCAAAUACCCCGGCAAAUUCGACAUCUGGGGCCACUCGCACACAACAUGGCACGUCUUCGUUACACUCGCGAUCCUAGCACAUAUCGCCGGUCUACUGAGUGCGAUGGAUUAUAUCUAUUCCCAAGGAUGCUUUAUUCCUACCUAGCACUAAUUAACUAGAUCCUGGCAGACACAU